AUGAUACGACCAGCCAGCGGCAGACGGUCGCAUAUUUGCUUGAGAUGCCAACGAGGUUUAGCGAGAAGUCGAAAUGCAGCUGCAUUUCAGAGAGCCUCCCAGUCCACCUCCUCGAAGCCUCAACAACGUCAAGAACCUCAAGAACGACCAGUGAGGAGGGCUGUAGACGCAGACGUGGAUUACAACGUAAACAACAACUUCACUCAAGGUAUUGGGAAUGCGCUGGACUACAAGGCUUUUAGGAAUGCACCUGGUGCAGCUGCAGGUGGGGGAAAGCUGUAUGGCCAUCGUGGUUUACAGGUGCAGGAGAAUCGAGAACGCUUGAAUACGACCACUCUUGGAGACCCUGCUGAUGUUCUGGUGCUCCGCGAUUCGAUAUUGACUCUCUAUGCUGCGAAAGGCUCACGAAGCAUGGAGUCCAUGAAGCCGGAACACAUCGAUAUAUUGAGCAAGUUGGAAGAAGAAAGGGGCCUUGUCGGGUGGAAAGAGGUGGAAAGCAACAUCGAUGCCUUCAGGCCGGCGAACGAACGCCAGGACUGGGAUGAUAUCAACGAGCUUGUGAAAGAAUUGCAGGAUGGUUUCACCAUGACGCAACUGCAGAAAUACAUUCGCAAUUUCGAAGGACGGCGGGAUCCUGAACCGCCAACAGAGUCCUGGGUUACUUCUCAGGAGGAUGCCAAAAUUCGCAGCGUCACAGCGUGGCUACCAGGAAUCUCGGAAAUACAAGAAUAUUUUGACAAUGAUCCUUUGCGAGGCUAUUUCCUGCCGUCACAUACCGCCAAACAGAGGGUAGUUCUUCAGUUGUUGCGAGAGUGUUGGAUGUUGGAAUUGCCAGAAUUGGUCGACGGUAUUGGACAGUUCGAGAUUGAAGUUGGCAAAGAAGAUAUGGAGAUUCUCUUGAUGGGCAACACAUCGGUUCUUGACCAUAUCUAUUCCGAUCAUCUACGCCAUGAGGACGAAAAGCUUGAAGCUUUCCGAAAACGAAGCGUUAUCCGAGUCACUGCUCCACAUAUUAAGAAACCUUUCAUCGUACAAGAAAUUGAGUCUGCUUUGAAACGUGCCCGGAGCAUCACCAUUUCUUUAGCAGACUUGGUGCCACAGGGCCCUGACAAAAUCCAGAAUAGACGGGUAGCUAGAUGGGCUACCAGAAAUGUGAACUCUUCUACACUUCAAGCACUGGGUGCUUUAACUAACUGCACCAUCGCUGAGCAACAGAAACAGACGUUGACCAUAUCUUGCAUCGACCUCAAACAAAAUCCACUGGUCUCUCCAGUCGAUGUAGCUCGCCGCCUGCUUUUGACUUCAGUUCAAACAUCAGACAGAAUUGAACACCAAUUGGCAAGUGACGCAGCAACACUAAAGAAUGGUGCAUUCAUUAGACAUGAAGUCGGCAAUACCCUUCCUUGGAGUGACCGACUGCGGGAAUGGGCUCGUUGGACUGCUCCAACAUUUAAAGACAAAACAGAAGUCAGCAACCGUGUCGGGGCAGAGACUGUCCUAGUUUCCAAGCCCAUGUCCCAUCAACGAAAACGGCAGACGCAAGUCAGGACCGGGACCGCACCAACUUACUGGAGCCCCAAUUAUGUUACGAGAACUUCAGCCAUAAUGGGAAAAGUUCUACACGCAACGCUCGCCUCCCCCGACUCGCUUCCUCCUCCACUCACACUUGGAGGUAACAAUCAAAUAAACGCAUUCUCUCCACAAGUCCCGAAUUUGUCGCGUGUUCUCAGUAAGGCACAGCUUAUUAGAUACGGAGAGCGAAUAGACCAUCUUGUACUUCGUUUCUUACCGAAUCCCUUUGCACAAACCACUGGAUUAUGGCAAGAUCACAAGGUCGAUAAAUCCCCGGGGAAACCCCGCGCAAUUGGCAGCCAAGCCUUGUCAGCAUUUCCAGCCAUCGAGAUGCGAUUUACCAUCGACCGCAAGACCAAAGAAACGGCAUUAGAAGAAGUUCGAGCCCUUGUCCAAGAAAGCAGAACGGAUGUCAUGUUACCCCAUAACAAUGUCGAUGUACGCUUCCAGCGACGAACCACCAGUCGUCUUAGCAACGAAUCCAUUGAGCCCAUUCGUGCUUACAUCCAGAACAGCAAUCUCAAGCUGUCAGGGUCCAAAUUGCUGCAAACCCCACCAUCUAUCCGCAUACCCAUCGAAAGCCAUCUCUGCCGCGAACAAGGCCUCGCACUUCUCGGCGAGGUCGACUCAAAGGGCAACAAGAUCCCCACCGCAGCAGUCGGAGAAGUCGAAUACCUCUUCGCAGGCCUUGAGAUCCACAGUGCCCUCUCAUUUGACUAUCGCUCGUUGCGCCUCCGCUACACCAGUAUCGAGUCCGGUAAAGCAGGUGGCCAGCGCGCAGAGCUCAGCUUACAGCUUCCCCGCGAUCACAAGCGCACAGACGAGAAGGCAUUCAUCAAAAUGGCUUACGAGCUUGCCUCCGAGUUCGGUGACCAGGGAACCGGAAGUAUUGUUUCUGAGACGUUGACGACGAGGGUGAAGACUGACUCCGAUCCGAAAAUUGCGAGGAUGGUGCCUGGCGAUGGACCUUUUGUCGAUCGUCCACAGCUCAAGUUCUUUGCCAAACAUCUCAAUUUGAAUUCUGAUGUGUCAGACGAGAAUGGCGGACAGGAGGCUUCAAAUAAUGACGUUGCACCAGUGGGAGAAGAAUCGAAUGUAGAUGGAGCAGUUUCGACUGAAGCCACCGGUGAAGGUGAAACAGCGGUGGACGCCCAAGAUGUAGCGCAAGCAACUGAGGAGGUAGCGGAAAAAGAGCAAGCUGCUAACGAGACAGCCGAAGAAGAUCAGGCUGCUAAAGAGUUGGAGGAGGACCUCAAAAGAAUCGAAGAUGAUCGGAUAUAA